AUGGCGUCGAAAAAGAAAAAUGCUCAAAAAGAUGGCAUCCAUUUUGUGAAUGCUAGACCAACCUCUGAGCUCGAGCGUCUGAAGGCGCAACGACUUGUGCGCGCGCAUGUUGGCCGCUGGAUCUCCGACCAAACAAGAGAUCGCGCCGAGGUCUCCAAUCCUUCCCGCCCGAAUCCACCCAUCGUCAAUUCAACUACAUUGAACUUAACCACUCUUCAUACCGAUAUCGUGGACUUUGAUCCCUCUUUCUCCUCUUUUACUCUCGUCUCGCGUCCUUCUCCUCCGUCUCGAUCGCAUGCCCGUUCCCCUCACGCUCGCCCCCGCUCUGCGAGCCCCGUCAAUGAUUUUUCUUGCUUCGAUGAUGAUCCCCCAGAUCGAAAAUGGUCGCGUUCUCCCAUUCUAGUCGAAAGCACAAGCACUGCUACCACCACAACCACAAGUGAUAGCGACAGUAGUAGCACCGAAGAGACCACUGUAAGCCCCGGGUCAAGUGGAUCGGGUCCAUCUCCUCCCCUGACGGUUGAGGCCCAGAUCUCCGCUUUCUUAGACCCUUUCGGCACAUAUCCAUUACAGUCGCCUGUGUCGCCGACACUCGUGGACUUAUGCCAGCGGUAUUGUCUCGAUGUGCUCUGGCCAGGAAUUGUUCCUAGGAAUGUGAACUUGAAGAAAACCCCCGAAUUAGCCCUCCAAAGCAAAGCCCCGGAAUUAUGGUACUCAUUAUCACGGUCGGACCCCGCACUUUUCGCGGCCUUCAUGUAUGCCUCGCUAUGCCAUCAGCGAGUUUUGUGGGUGAAUAAAUGGUAUGGUAAUAAUGUUGUUGAGUAUGGACCGGCUCAGGAUCACCUCUUACGACAAUGCGAAAGGGAUUCUAUUCGUCUCAUUAACGAGGCUCUUCAAGAUUCAACACGUAUGCUUUCUGAUGCAGUGUUGUUGAGUGUUAUCUGCUUGGCGCAUCAUAGGGCCACCCAGGAUCUAAAGCUUAGCCAGGUGAAGAAGACGCCCUUUGAUCCGCCGUUUCAGUGGCUUCAGUGGCUGAACGUUUAUGGAUGUCUUCAGCCAAAUGAACUCCAUAUUGGCGGAUUGGUGGAGUUGAUCAAAUUACGCGGGUUGCGGAAUAUCAAGUUGCCUGGAUUAGCAGCAACAAUUAGCUUCUCGGAAGUAUUUGCUGCCGCCUGCUGGUGCAUCCAGCCUAUAUUUGAAUUUUGGCCAACAGACCAAAGCCAAGUGGGAGUUUCUAUACAGGACCUACUUGGUUUUGGCCCAUCAGACAUCCAAAAUGGUUUUGGGAAAUUGCAAGUCAUCGGCUUCACGCCCCAAAUGGCAGAGGCCUUUCAGGCCGCUCGCACCUACAUGAAGAUUGUUGAGAAUAUAGGCUCUGAUGCCCCCAAUCGCAUUGAUGUUAAUUUUGCUUUAUUGACUGACCAACGCAAUCUCACCGAAUACACCCUGCUCGCCUUACCACCAGCCUCAGCAGUCCUACCCUACUUCUCACACCCUACUCAGGCAACCACCUACGAGGCUUGUCGUCUCGCAAGCCUCAUCUUUGGGGUCGGCGUUAUCUUCCCCAUCCCGGCUCAGAAUAGCCCUCUUCAACGACUUGCUCAGGAGAUUAGCUGUGUCCUGCUUCAACAAACCGCCACCGCUCUUUGGUCAUCCCAAAGCACUCGUGCCGCCUUGAUUUGGAUUUUGGUUAUUGGUGGUAUCGCGGCGUUUGAUACCCCUUGCCGUCCUUUCUAUGUCUCUUCCCUCGCAUCCACAGCCCGAAGCAGUAACAUCCACAGUUGGGAUGAAGUCAAAUGCUUAUUGGAAAAUAUUCUUUGGUAUCACAAGGCUGGAGAUAAACCUGGCAAGGUUCUCUGGAAGGAAGUUGAACAAUUCUGGCCAGAGACGAAAUGGGAGACGGAACCUAUGAUCAAAACUAGCCCUUCAUGA